UCGUCUAAUUAAACAUUUCAGUUCUAUUCCAGCAAAUUAAGUUUUUACAAAUUAUUUUAAAAUGUUGCAAAUGCGUUUUCUAUUGUGUUUUUUGUUGGUGGCCAUUGUUGCCGUUUCGGCCAUUACCGUAAAACCUUUUAAGGAACAACAACAACAAUCGCUUUUGGAUGUCGAUAAUCUUGGCCACGGUCAUGAAAAUGUUGCUGAUCGUUUAGCUCGUCAGUAUGGACGUCGUGGUGGUUAUGGACGUCGUGGCGGUUAUGGACGUGGUGGUUACUAUGGAUAAGGAUAUUAUAUUAAUUUGUUUUUAUAUAUUGUUUUAAAUUGUUUCAAAAAAUAUAUUUUUUGUUUAAAAAAAA